CGGUUUUGUCUGUGACCUUCUUACAGGUUUUACUUCAUGAACGUCAGUGCUAGGUUAUUUGUUGUAUAAGUAUUUGCUGGAAUUUAUUACGGAGUAUAACCUUUGUCAAGCGGGACCGCCUUUCCUGUUUUGUACCCUUUUCCUUAAAUUCAGCCUGCACAGAUAUCACUAUCACAACCCUUACGUUUUUUAAAGUAGCAGUUUCGUCCCCCCAAGAGGAGACACGUACCGAUUAGUACUCAAAUAUAUAAUAAGACAGCAGCUGACCCUGAGCAGUGGCCAGGCACUGCCUUCGCAUGGCAGUGACUCGUCUCACUCUCACCUGUGAUUACAUACUGUGAAUUAUGUUCAUUUUACAGCUCGUUAUAGAUCACACACACAGCCUGCUUCAGCUAGGCUAACUCUUCACUUUGCGGAAGUUUUUAUCCUAAUCCUGUAGAUCAGUUGUAGAGUUCAUAAGAAGUAUAAAGAAUCAGACCAGGAAGGACACACCUCAGAUAGUACCAGCAGGUUAGUCAGAUGACCUCCAAGUCCCUGUGAACAAACCCCUCCUUUCCAGUAAAGAAAAGCAAGGCCCAGGGCAGGCACCUGCCCAAGCCUACAGUGCUGACUGGUUGCAGCCAUUUUCAGUCCAGCACCCUUUGCAAUUUUCAGCCCUGCCUUCUGUCACAGGCAAUGAGAGCUACUAAUCCCCACCAAACUUUUUGUCUACUUAUACAUGCUUGAAAGUAAGUCCGAUUAAAGAAGUGAAGUUCCUCCUAGUAAGUCAGCUCUCAACUAUCUGACAUCUUCGAAAACCCAGUCCUCCAUGAAGCCUUUCCAGACCAUUCGUGCUUCAUCCAUAUUCACUGAAUGGGGCACAGGGCAGAGAAGGUGCAUAUCCUUGAAGCUUACACGAUAGCAGGGGAAAGAGACAAAAAACAAACCUCUAGAUGCGAUAAAGAUUUUGACUUUGGCCUCAAGAGAACAAGCCGCUUUUUGCAAAUGACAGCCCUCCCCUCCGCGCAGGGAUUGCUGUACCCAGAGCGCGGGCUCCGUGCUGCCCGGAGGCGCGCGCGGGACGCCGGGCUCGAUCUGGCGGGCUGGCGAGGGCGGCAGUCCGCAGGGACGGGCCACGGGAAGCGGGACUCCACGGCUCAGGCGCGGCGCUUCGAGAAGCCGGUCGACGCCGCCGCGAGCCCAGGCGACCGCGGGAGUGAGGCGCGAGUUGUCUGCGUCUCCGGGCUGCGCUCAGAUGUAAUGAAGUCCAUCCCCUUCCAUUUUCCCAUGAGGAAACUGAGGGCUUAUUUUACUACAGUACAAGAAGUCCAGCGGAAGGGCCAGUCCAGCGUGCAUUCAGAGUUUAAGAAAACCAGACAUCAGUGUAAGUUGGAGGAACAGCUGUGUUCAGAAAUGGGUCUUUGCCUUUUCAUCCAAUGGAUUGUUGACCAGAAAAUCAGAGGCUGGCAUUCAACUAAUAUGUGAUAAAGAGUUGUUAUACAGUGUGACUAGGUGUUUCAUAUAGUACCAUGGCCAAACAAAUUUGGGACACAGCAGAGCCAAAUGAAGGGUCUCUCCGACACAUCUGAUCACCCUGAUCCACUGCCCCUUGCCUUCCGUAGAACUUCUCACGUGAGCUGAGCUCCACAACAAACACUUUAAGACGGCAGCAGGUCAAACAGGUCACUUUGUACUCAAAUGGUUUCCUAAAACCUCCCACUUCUCAUUCCAGUCGGUGACAGAUUCGUUGCUCUCUAGAAACCGAGCAAUGGAAAGCAAAGCUAUGAUGAGCGAAGGACAAGGCGGUUAGCUAAACGGCCUCAUUCGAGUACAUUCAAGUUUUAUCACCACCGUGGCAUCUGGGAAAUUUGGGGGGCAGUGUUUCUCAUGCAGGGGGAGGAAGAAGAGGGUCAUCCCAUUAGGAGUUUGUCACCCCCCACAAAAUCCUCUUUGAGAUCGUGCGGUGGCGAGCAUUGCUACCGAUGGGAGUAUGGCACAUUUCCAAGGUGUAUUGAGACAAUAAAAACCUGAGGGCCGCUACAUGAAAAGACACCUUCCCAGUGAGCUCUCCAGCUCACCCACUGCCAACCUUUUUGCCUUUCCUUUUUGACUUUGGCUUAAGCAAACCCACAUUACACUUAAUACCUAAUGGUAAUUAAUAUUUUUGAACCCACUGUCUGUAUCUAGAAGCUUCCAAAUCAGCCCAUUGCAAACUGUCAUCCAAUUUUAAUUGGUAACACUGUCCAAAUGUAUACAGUGGGACUGAGUUUGCCAAACGUAUAAAAACAUUAUGAAACACCGGUCUUCUUUCGUUGAUGUAACAUUUUCUUUCCCAUCAUUAAGGAUGGCGAAAAAGUCACAUCACCCAAAAUUAAAUAAUCUGAAGGUCCUUCAAAUUAAUCACCUAUAACUUUCAACUAUUUCUGAACUAAACAAACAUUUUCCUCUCCCUAAACAAAAGAGAUGUUAAAGAGCUUCAUGUCUUUGGCACCUGCUAGAAUAGGGUAUUUAAACUCUGUGCCUUUUUGCAGCAUAAAAUUGAAGUUAUAGCAAGGCGAAACGGGUGCCCACAGACCCUGCUGGAGUAAAAUUCCACUAGGAGUGUCAGAUUAUCGCCCCAAACCAAAUUUUGUCAUGCAGCGGGCAAUUAAUGUACCAAAAAUUUACCAGCCCAUAUAAUUUUAUCAGUCUACCUUUCCCCAGAGGAAGUAAAUAAACAGUAAAACUAAUGAAAUCAUAUUUCUUGACCACUCUGAGCCAAUAUAAAUUUUUACUUGUCCUCAGAGGGUUGGACGAUGAGCUAUUCGUGAGGCCAUUCAAGUUUCUGGGCCAGUUACCACAGAGGCAGUAUUCUAAGUUUUGAGGGUGUUCCUGAGUCAGCAAAGAGGAUCCUGCUUUGUGAUGGACAGCCCCUCAAGUCAUUAGCAAGUGCAAAUCAGGGGUUGAUGGGCAUCUGCUACAGCUUUGCAUCAGCAUUUCUGAACUCUCUGAAAACAGCACGAAAUAGUAAACUUUAACUCCUAAGGCCACAGAUGAGAAAAUGCUCAGUGUGCUACUCUUGUGCAGAGUAGACAGCAGAGGAUACAUCCUUAGGUGGUGAGUUGCUGAAAAUUAGGUCAACUGCAACAAAGCUGAGAGGCCCAGUGCCUUCUGGAACUCAUGACGCCAGCAUUUUUCCCAUUUGGCCUGUGGCCCUUCUGCAUUAGGAUCACCUGGGGACUUCCUCAGAUUCAGGGCAAAUCUCCUCCAAAAGACCUACAUCUUCAACUACUAACACAGAAUCCCCUGAUUUGGCCUGGGAAUCCGCACUGGUCGCCAACUCACCAAAUGUGUCUGAUUCGCAGCAAAGCUUGAGGAUCACUGUAGUUGACCAACCCUUUACAAGGUCUUUGACAUCCUCUGCCCAGGAACACUAAACUUUGCAGCACCUUUGAAAUGCUGAAGCAAUAUUAAAUGGAUAGCAUCCCCAAAUAGAGCCAUGCCAUUGGUUCACACAGUGACAGAUGAGCACAGCCAACUGGAAUUAGCUCAGCCGGCUCCCAUGCCUCACACAUUUGACCUGCACUGCAUAACACUUUGCAGCAUCGAAUCGGCAACGAGAAAACAGAACAGAACAGAACACAGACACCCAGCCAUGUGGCCUUCAGA